AUGUGGGGCACCCCGGGCACGGGGGCGCGCAGCAUCCGUCCCUACCAGUCCAGCGGGCAGUACCUGUACGCCAUGAAGGAGGACCUGGCAGAGUGGCUGAAGGAACUCUAUGACCUUGACAUCGAGGUGGGCACCUUCCUGGAGGUGCUGGAGACAGGGGCUGUGCUGUGCUCCCACGCCAACCACGUCACCCAGGUGGCCGGGGAGUUUGCCCGUGCCUGCCCCGAGGUGGCCCGGCACCUCCACCUGCCCUCUGCCGGUGUCACCUGCAACCUCACAGCACAGCCCGGCACCUUCCAGGCCAGGGACAACGUCUCCAACUUCAUCCAGUGGUGCAGGAAGGAGAUGGAUAUCAAAGAUGUGCUGAUGUUCGAGACAGAGGACCUGGUGCUGAGGAAGAACGAGAAGAACUUCGUGCUGUGCCUGCUGGAGCUGGCACGCCACGCCUCCCGCUUCGGAAUGCGCGCCCCGACCCUGGUGCAGAUGGAGGAGGAGAUCGAGGAGGAGCUUCGGCAGGAGCUGGACCUGCCUCCCUCAGAGCCCGCCCUGCCCCGGGCCCCCAGGAGGGCACGGGACCUCCACAACCUCGACCAGAUGGUGCAGCACCUGGUGAGCCGCUGUACCUGCCCUGUGCAGUUCCCCAUGAUCAAGAUCUCCGAAGGGAAAUACCGAGUGGGGGACUCUGACACCCUCAUCUUUGUCCGGAUCCUGCGGGAGCACGUCAUGGUGCGGGUCGGGGGCGGCUGGGACACGCUGGAGCAUUACCUGGACAAGCACGACCCGUGUCGCUGCACCUCGCUCUCUCACAAACAAGCCUGGAAAGCCCGGAGCCCGCAGCAGCAAGUGCAGCACGAGGUGCAGCUGUGCCCGGCCGCCCGCAGCCCCCAGCCCGCGCUGAUGGUCAGCCGCUCCCAGAGCCCCCUGCCCCCCGUCACCUGGGGAGGCCGUGUCCCCCUUGGCCCCCGGGCCCCUGCCACCCCCUCGCCAGAGGGCUCGGGUCACCAGCCGGGUGCCAGCCCUCACCCGGAGCCGGCACAGCCCCGGAGGGUCCCUUCGGGCAGGAUGCGGGAGCCACCCGCUGUCCCCUUGGGGAGGCAGCCGCCACCAUCCCGCUCACCGGCUCGAUCCAGCUCCCCUGGGCACGGGGCGAGGGGCCGGGCACCCACCCCCUCCCGCCUGAGCUUCCCGAACGGCGUGGGGGUCCCCAGGGCACCGCAAGGGACCAGCCCGGGGACAUCCACCCCUGUGGCACCGGCACGGGGCAGGUCCGCAGGUCCCAGGCCACGGACGGCACCGGCGCCUCCGAGGAGCACCCAGCAAGGGGGAAAAUCAUCUGUGCUGGCUGCCAGGCCACAGGAAACGGGGACACCCAGCACAGGCACACCCCGAGCCCCCAGUCCCUUAAAAGUCCGUGCCCCCAGCCCCCUGAAGGUCUGCGCCCCCUCCUCGCACCGGGAUGCUCCGGGAGACUCCCGGAGCCUGAAGAUCCCACGGGAAGGGAGGCAGGGAGCCCUUGGCCGGGGCCGACAGCCCUCACCCCGAAAUUCCUCCUGCCAAGCCCCGAAACCGGACAGCAGCGUUAAACCCCCCAUCAAAGCCAGCCCGGCCGUCCCCCGGCCCCCCACCCCUCUGGGCCGUUCUGCAGGGGGGUGCCAGGUCUGCGCUGCUGGGGACGGUCCCCAGGGGACACGGCGGUGCCACCCAGCCCCGAGCCCAAGGGCUGGGGGCGCUGAAGGACCUCGGGCACCAGAGGAUGGAGCCGGGGCAGCCUGCGGCCCUGGCGGUGGGGCCGAGGGGCUGCGGGGGUGCUGCGGGAACACGCAGCCCCCCGGCUAUGCCAGGGUGCUGGAGGAGCUGUCCAGCGGGCCGCAUCCCCUGCGCCCUGUGGGGAUGUGGAGCCAGGUCCCCAAGACACCCGCAGAAGCUGCCCCGCAGCUCCCAGCCCCGGGGGAGGCAGCGGCCGGGGUGGGGGGCCAGACCCCGCGGGCAGCCCGGGCCAGCAGCGCCGCCAAGCCCCGGCGGUGCCUGAAGAAGCCCGAGCGGGUGCCCUCCAUCUACAAGCUGAAGCUGCGGCCCAAGGUGCGUCCCCGGAGGGACCACAGGCCGGGCAAGCGCCCCUCGCGCAUCCCCACCCCGCUGGGGCAUCGCCCCCACGCCCCCCGGGGCCAGCACCGACCCCCGGGGACCCCCCGAGCCCUCCAGAGCGGCAGCACCCACCCCACGGCCCAGCCGUCUCUGGGGGACAGCGGCACCUGGCUGACCGAGGAUGAUGAGGAGUCGUGGGUCUGA